CCUGUAUCUGUAUAUUUGUGGGUGCAUGUGUCUGUGUCCGUGGGUCCCUGCUGUGACCAGAGUGGUGGCUGCAAUCACAGCACGGAGUUUCAGUAACUCCAGCCCUGUGCAAUCCUAGACUGGGCUGGAGACAAGCAUUUAAGUAAUAGUGUAGUCCGCUGCCUUGCUGGGUACCAUCAGGCACCCAGCUCAUCCACCCUGGAACUCUGGCUCGCCUUAUCUUGGAUGCAGUUGCCCUAUUGGGGCAGUGUUGAAGUGCCCUUGUGUGGCAUGGGUCGUUGUUUGAAACCCAAGGCACUGAAGAGGUUUCUACCAUACUCUCAUUGGACACUGCGAUGGGCCCUUCCUAGCUCAGCCUCAAGAUGCUGGUAUAGCAGCAGGUGGCUGCAAUCCAGAGGACCUGCACUGGGACAUUGUUUCCCGCUGGGACAUCCUUCCCCACAACUCUCCUGGCAGAAGCGAUGGAUGCCCACGUGGACCUCCUGACAGAGCUGCAGCUGCUGGAUAAGGUGCCCACACUGGAAAGGCUGCGGGCAGCCCAGAAGCGGAGGGCUCAGCAGCUGAAGAAAUGGGCGCAGUAUGAGAAGGAGAUGCAGCACAAGAAGCGGAAGCAUGAAAAGAAGAGAAAUAAUGUUAACCGAAAGAAAGUGUCUUUUGAAGCCAGUGUUGCUCUGCUGGAGGCUUCUCUUAGGAAUGACUUGGAGGAAGUGUGUUACUUGCUGAAGAGCAACAUCAGCCCAGACCUGUGCAACGAAGAUGGAUUAACCGCACUGCAUCAGUGCUGCAUAGACAACUAUGAGGAGAUAGUGAAGCUUCUUCUCAGCCAUGGGGCCGAUGUCAACGCAAAGGACAACGAGCUGUGGACUCCAUUACAUGCAGCAGCUACAUGUGGACAUAUCAACCUUGUGAAGAUCCUCAUCCAGCAUGGAGCAGACUUGUUGGCAGUGAAUGCAGAUGGCAACAUGCCGUAUGACCUCUGUGAAGAUGAGCCAACUCUGGAUGUCAUUGAGACUUGCAUGGCCUAUCAAGGAAUUACACAGGAAAGGAUCAAUGAGAUGCGGGCUGCUCCAGAGCAGGUCAUGAUCUGUGACAUUCAUGACAUACUUGCGACUGGCCAAGACCUGAACAGGACUGAUGCCCAAGGUGCUACGCUGCUACAUAUAGCUGCAGCCAAUGGUUACCUGCAUGCAGCUGAAGUCCUUCUUGACCAGGGGGCAAGCCUGGAUGUUAAGGACUGGGACGGCUGGGAACCUCUUCACGCUGCUGCUUUCUGGGGACAGAUGCAGAUGGCUGAGUUGCUUGUGUCCCACGGGGCUAGUUUGAGUGCCAGGACAUCUUUGGAUGAGAUGCCAAUAGAUCUGUGUGAAGAGGAGGAAUUCAAGGUAUUACUUCUGGAGUUGAAACACAAACACGAUGUGAUCAUGAAGUCUCAGAUGAGGCAUAAAUCCUCCCUGAGUCGAAGGACCUCCAGCACUGGCAGCCGGGGGAAGGUGGUGAGGAGGGCCAGCCUUUCGGACCGAACAAACCUCUACAGGAAAGAGUGUGAGAAAGAGGCCAUUGUCUGGCAGCAGCUGGGGGCAGCAGAAGAAGGAAGAAACUCGGGUCUCAUUGGAGAAAUUGGGGAGACUCGAUCUGACCAGGAGAACACAGACCCCAACUCAGUGCUGGAGAACUCUUCCCUCCUUCCGGAGUUAGCAAACAAAAGCACCCAGUGUGACUCUGAAAUCCCCCUCCAGAAUGGACUCAUGGCAUCAGCCAGCACUUACCAGUACACCUUUUCCAACGGGGACGUUUGGAGUAUGCACGCUGAGCCUGACAGUGACCCAGGCCACAUGCUGCCCUACAGCAAUCCGGGGCUCCCUGACAUGCCGCAGUACUGGGGUGCCUACAAGGAGCAUAACCAUCAAACGCUCUCUGAACUUAAGCGGCAGAGGGCAGCAGCCAAACUCCUCAAUCACCCUUUCCUCAGCACCCACUUUGGCAGCAGCAUGGGAGGAGUUGCCGAGAACGGGGGUGAGGCCAAGUCACACCUAAUUGGAUCCAGGACUUCUCCCUACAGCUCCAAUGGGACCUCGGUGUAUUACACAGUGUCCAGUGGGGAUCCACCCCUCUUGAAAUUCAAAGCUCCCAUGGAGGAAAUGGAAGAGAAGGUGCAUGGGUGCUGCAGAAUUUCCUAGUCCUAUCCGUUUCUCACCCCAGAGGAAACAAGAUGUAGGUGGGCUGAUUGGAUCCAUCACAACAGCCAGGUUGUUUGCAUUCCAAAGGGAGAUUAUGGUUAUGGACAUCCUGACUGCAGCGGCCUCGUUCAUCUUGAAUUGUACUUUACCCUUAAAAUUACUCCCAUUGCAGUUGAAUGAGUGAUGCAAGGGGAGCAAGAAGGGAUGUGCAUCCGUAUGACGUAAAAAGAGGCAUCCUAGUCCUGCUCUCUGGGGAAGAAGGUAUGGCGCACUGCCUCCCCAUCCUUGGGAAGUCAUGAGAUGCCUUGGAACGAAGAAAGGAUCUGAAUUAAAAUCUUUGCAUCUGAGCCUCUUGCCGUAAGUCACCAAGGUUCUGGAAGGUGAUGGCUCAGACCUGAAUUUUCACUCUUGGGUGAUCCAUGUAUCCUGGCGGGGCGAUCAGCCCUGACAUGGGAUUUGCAAGAGUGGACAGAGCUGUUUUCCGUACAGCUGGAUCCAGCACUUACGGGGCCGAAGCAGCAAGCAAGCGUAGAUGCUGCAUUUGCAUUAGGAGGUUCACAAGGUGUUACCUCCUUGCAGUCACAGCUCACCAUCAAUAACUCUGCACUCGCUGGGUCCCGUUCUGCUCGUGUAAACUCAUCACUGCAGACCGCCAUCAGGUUUUAAGCAGAACUUUUCCUGGAACAGGCUUCACUCAAUAGGCUUUAAAACUGAUGUUGCAAUAUGGGGCCCUGGCAAUAGAAUUUUACUGCAAUAAAAUACUGACAAAGGUCUAUAUUGGGAUAAGUAAUUUAAAAACCUUAUUUGUACUAUUUAGACUCUUAAUUUGUUAAAACUGAAAAGGCUUUUGCUGAUCUCACUUUCCUAUUGAUUCUGUUUAUUUAAUCUGUACGCUCAACACAGAUACUAAGGGCAGUAUGCUUUGUGUUCUGAUUUUUCUGGAUUUCCAGAACCACAGGGCUUGGGAGGGAUGAGGAGGAAAGGCUUGCCGACACUAAUCUAGAAACCUCAUGAAAGCGUUUCUAACCUCCCUAGAUGUUACAAGAUUUGAGUUAACCUGCAGUCUUUGGCUGACAAAUAAAUGUUGAACAUUGCAGCAGAGCAGGGUAUAUUUUUUUUGUCUAUUCUUCCAGCUCCCACGCUGAAGCAGUCAGCAGUGGUUGGCAGCUGUCAGAAGACAAAUAACUUGAUGUAUAAGGGAGUCACCUAGCACCAUGCAGGACUUAAAGCCUCUGUGCUGCAGAGCAGCUGGCACAUCACCACCAGGUUCUGGUGUAGUUCCUGCUGGCUCUGACAGACCAGAAACACCAGCAUGGUCUAACUAGGGGCUUCUGCACUGGUUCUUCAGGCUUUGCAUACCUGGGGAAGGUGAAAGGAGAGUGCUGGGGGAGGCAGCUCUGAGAAACUCGCCACAGUUGAGUUAGCAAGUUGUAUCUGCAGAAGUAACUAUAAAUCUUCAACUCUCUUUCUGCACAGAAGGGCUAUUGCACACUUAACUAUUUGCCUGCAUGAAUAUGUGUCUUCUUGGGCAGUUUAAAUUCCAAACUCUGAAAAUUUAAGCCUGUUUGGGUCCCUGUAAGUUGUCAGUGGAUUAAAUCCAGCUCACAUAGCUGUGCUUCAGCCAAGCAACAGCAAACGCAGCUUCCACCAAUCUUCCUUUUAGCCUGGCAGCUAUUAGACAUCAAUGUUACACUUCACAAGUAUGGUCCCUCUUUGGGAAUCCUCACAGCCUUUCCUUUUUUCUGGUCUAUAAAAAGUUGACUUAGGCUGCCAGAGACUAAGUGCUCCACUCUGCUCCCUAUCAAGCCUUGUCCAUCACUGGAACUGGAUAUUUUAUGAUCCAGGGCUCUAGGCUCCUCAUUCUCAGCUCCUGGAGGCAGCAGAGGUGGCUGUGUGUCACCACCACAGUUAAGCCACGCAGGAAACGUGUUGGGACCUGUGAGGGCAUUACCAGGCUAACGAUAUGCUCUUUUGAACUCUGAAGAUACGGUUUUCUUCCCUCACCAUUUUUAGGAACAAAUUAGGAAACGGUGAGGCUUGAUCUGAUUUGUUUAUCACCUCAGUUCAGUUAAAGGCAGGGGAGUUCUUUUUGUGUUUUGAAGCACUCAGAGAAGUUGGGCUUCCCCCAGUAUUGAAAUGUAUAUGCUAAAUACAGGAUUAGCAACUGCUACUUGUGCUUGACUUCACUUUAAGGGAUUUUAAAAGUCUUUCUGUAGUAGAAAGAUGAUUUGGUAACUGGACAGACUUUACUGCAUCUGUGUGUGGUUAACAGCAGGUUUUCUGAUGACGCUGAGAAAAUUCUGCUGGGAUAACACCAAGCGUAGCCUGGCUAUUACUGAAUGAGCAGGAGAUGAGCUUUCAGACUCUUCUGUUCUCCCACGGUGGUGAGGAUUGCCUCUCCAUAUCCAUCCCAAGGAGAAUUCUGGGCUCAGUGUAACAAGUUUAGGUGCUGCUAUCCACUAGGUUGGAAGUGGUGCAGAAUUCAGGCUCAGCUGUUGCCUUCCCUAACAGGGAAGAAGGAGUCAGACCCUUUUUGUUCCCCAAGCAAUAUCGCGCUAGGAAGUGUGUUUAAGCCUACCUAGCUCUGAGCAAAUGGAAGGAAGAUCGGUGAAUGCAAUAGUGUUAAGUAGUUUGAUGCUUGCUUUCCUGAGAGUUGUUAAUAUAUAAAAACCGUAGGAAGCCGGUCCGUUUUAGAUGAACAGCUCUUAGUCCAUUGGGAUUUCAUUCCACUUAUAUGUAAACACUCCAGGAACUCAUCACUCCAGCUGUGAUCUUGAGCAAACCAACAAUUGAUUUACUAUCAGGCAAAAGAUAUUUCAAGUUGUAGGUUACAAAACAACCCCCUAAUCAGACUCUGUAUUGUAAUUCUGAAUCUGACUGUAAUACAGCUCUUCUGGCUUUGUCACUGUGUGCCAAGAUGCUCCCUGAUGUCGGGUGUUGUCUGAUCAAAUGUAAUCCGUUCUUAUUCAGAUGAGAGAGUAGGUGACAGAUAAAUCUUCUGGGAUAGGUUUCACAGCCAUGCCAAGUGUUUGUCUACUGCUGGCUUUGGGUUGAAGUUGCAUCCAAGAGGGACUUGCACAGGCUGUUGGAGAGUGACCUAGAGUGGAUUCAUGCUUUUGGGUUGGUGACAUUUGGGAUACAAUGGUUGCUGCCUGUGGGGCACUGGCAAAUAACACUCCAGGAAGGAGCUAGCAGCUCAUGCUGCAUUCGGAGUUGGUGGUUUUGGGUCUCGGAUGAGCAGCUCUGUUAAAAUGGAUAUUUUACCUGCUUCUCGUCAACUGUUUUGUAGAGGCAAACAAACAGCCUUUUGGGGAACAACAAACACAGAUGAUGAUAUGUGCAUAGUAGGAGCCUACCUCUAGGGAUAGGGCUUUUUAAUUUUAAAAUUUAACAAUGUUAGAACACAGGGGUUUUUAUAUCUGUGUUUCAUCUGAGAUAUCUGUUUUAUAUCUGAGAAGGCCAUCUCAGUGGAAAGCUCUGAGGUACACAGCGGAAGGCACUUCAGUAUUUCAUUGGAUCUUAAUAUUGCUAAAAAGCUGUAGGAACUAGAAAUCAUAUUGUAACUGGCAUUUCUAGCACUUGGCUUAUUAGAGGAAGAUUUGGGGGGGUUAUGCUAUGCUCAUUUAGGCUCAAUAAACAUCUAAGCACAGAUUCAAGGUCAGAUUAGAGUCACGCUUUUGUUAGCAGUAAGCUAAAGGUGGCAGUUUGUACAGACUACGCAAACGUUUGAGAAUAUGGAUAUAUUGACGAAUCUGUUGUAGGCAGAGCUGACCAUGAGAAUAACCCUUCUGCCUCCAAAAAAAGGUGCGUCUCAAAACUGUCUCUGCUUUACUGAGCUCAACCGAGGAAGUGCCAGCACUGAAAUGUUAGGUAAGGGCUUAAAUACCAUUACUGGGAUAUGUUUGAUGCCAGACCUGGAUUUGGAUGUCAGAUCAUGUACCAAGUGAUGUGAUUUCAGCCCACUUUGUCUCAUUUCUGUGGUGCUCCAGAGUCUUAAAACCCUCCCAGUUUGUGGAAGAACUGACUGUAACUGAUGUGAUGCUGUAGCAUCUUGCAGGUGUGAUUGAAGAACCACAUGGAUGAGGAACUCCUGGUAGGGAAGGAAAAGGCAUGACAGGGCAAUGGCAAUGAUAGAUUGGUGCAAUACUUGAUUGAUGCAGUAAAUUCUCUAGUUCGUUCAUCAGGCAUUUAUUUCAUGAAAGCACUUACAAGCUCUCAAACGGCAUUACAAGUUCCGUUUAGCACCCUUUUGCUUUAAUCUUGGAGCUCUGUUUACCUAAAUCUUCUCUGCUCAAACUGAAUAAGCAAUGCCAUGAAAUAGGAAUAUCUUUAACGAGACAGCAAUAGCACUGGUCUCCAGUGAGCCAGAGAUGAACAGUUGUCCAUCUGCUGGAAGGUGUUCUCCCUACAUCUGGAUAUUUCUGUGCCUUAUCACACUUGCUAAAGAUGACUUGGUAACCGGUAUCUGGAAGGUUUGUGGUGAUUACAAUGAUUACACAGUGCUGUCCUUUAAGUUAUUUGCUCUUUCAGUUUCUCUCACGAUCACUGUUUCUCUCUCCCUAAAUACGUAGAAAGGAACUGUGCAGGGUCUUUAUUCUAAUUUAACACAUCGCGUUGACCUUUGUUAUAGCAGUUCUCUACAGGCAGAGUCCAGAACACGCUUGUAGUAGCAAGGUCUGGCCUCUUACUACAGAACACAGCUAGCAUUCACGCUUUUAUUCUGUUUUCCCUGUGGCUGUACAACAGAAAUUGUUGUCCCUGGUUGUUCUUCAGCUUUAUUCUGCUGUUUCCAUGUUGGCCGGACUGGUAAUAGACUUCUCAUGAGCAUCACUGGGUUCUUUAGCAACGCCUGCCAUGGCACAAUUACGAUCUCAAAUAUUUUGCUGUAUCGCAACUGCGGAAGCUAUAGUAGAGGAGACUUUGCUCAAGAUACCUGUUCCCAAACCUACACCAAUGCAAUGGUCUCCACCCGCAGCUGGAAGGGAGAUACGGGUUUUUAAUCGGUGCAGAUGCAGCCUUAGCGUUGCCACCUCUGCACUGUCAGCUCAGACUGCGGUGUGAGCACGGACUACAAGAGCAUCACAAGCCCUGGCACAGCUCGGUGUGACUGCCGCGCGUUUGGGAUGUUAACAAACGACGGCAAGCCUUCUGCAAUAAUCCGUGAUUCUUUCGAUCAGUAGUAAACAAUGUACAAAUAAAACUUGAUGAAAUGUAUUUUAUGUGUGUGUGGGGGGGAAAAAAUGUAAGAACUGUAUAUUGUAUUAGCAGCUUUGUGUAUAAAAUGGCAUUUUGGCAAUCAGAGUCUAAUAUAUUUAAAACUUUUUUUAAAAAAAAGGAUAUUUGAUAUUGUACGGAAUUGACUUUAUUGCUACUGUAAGAAUGAAAGGAUGGUUCCUUAACCUGUUGAAGCAAUGCGUAAAAUCUUAAAUUGUAUGUAAAACUCAUGCCAAAAGGGUAUGUCUGACAGUAUUAGCACCUGGCUCUGUGUCUUUAAU